UCAUGCUGCUGAUCUUCUUGCACGCUGAGAGGCAAACACACUAGCGCUUCUAUCUUCUCGCCUUUAUUUCAUCCUGAUGGCAGAAUUCAUCACAGGACAAUACCCUGUUUAAAUGGAGAUCUUGUGGAAUACCGUUGUCUUUGCAGAACUCUCCUCAUUUUUUCACUAACUCUACCUAACUUUGCUGCAGAGACACUUGCGGUUUGAGUCGUCUGUGUCCAGAAGCGUUGUCGACAUGGAAACCAUAAAGCCCAAGCUGAAAGUUCUGAAAAAGCGACGCUCCAGUCUUUUCGCCACCGUCAAGCGAGAGCUAAGUUUUUCACAGAGCAUUGAAGAACAGGAAGCUGAGUUCCCCUUUUCACAGGACAGCUCUGUGAAAGCAUGGACAUCCAUGGACAAUCUUGACGCCCCUACGGACGGGGAGAAAGGCGCAAAGGAUGGUGACAAGAAAGACGCACCAAACCCAAGACAAUCAAACAUCGUCAACCUCAACGUGGGGGGAAAGAUCUUUCACAUCCCGAAGCAUUUGGUCCUCCGAUACCCAAAAACCAGGAUCGGUAUCCUUGCCCUCUGCAACGAUCCCGUCAAGCGUCUGACCCUCUGUGACGAUUAUAAUGUUCAGAACAAUGAGUUCUUUUUUGACAGGGACCCCAUGUUCUUCCACUACAUAUUCCACUUCUACUGCAGCAAUGUCAUGUGGGUGAUGGAGAGCCUCUGCCCCAUCAAUUUUGAGGAGGAGAUGGAGUUCUGGGGACUGAAAAUGAAGGACACUCCAAGGUGCUGCCGCAUUCUGUUUGAGGAAAAAGUGGAUGACAUCAGAGAUCAGCUAAAGGUCAACAAAGAGCUGCUUGAUGAGAUUAACCCGCACCAGGAUGAGGAGGGUUACCACACCAUGUUUCUCGGAGAUGUCCGGAAGGCCCUCUGGGACCUGAUGGAGAAUCCCUACUCCUCACUGUCAGCCAAAGCCUUUGCUGUGUUUUCUAGCCUUUUUGUGCUUGUCUCUAUUGUUGCCAUGACCUUGAACACAGUGAAAGAACUCAGGGCGUACAAAAUCUCGGGUAAAACCUACAUGGAGUGGGUAGAGAUCGGUUCCAUCCUGUUUUUCACCAUGGAGUACUUCCUGCGCCUUGUCACUACUGCCAACAUCAAACAGUUCGUCAAGAGUGCCCUCAACUUUGUCGACCUGGUGGCCGUCAUGCCCUACUUCCUCCAGAUCAUCUUUGAGAUAUUUGUUGAUUCUGAAGACGUUAGUGCACAGGAAGACCUGAAGACCAUGGCCAGGGUCAGCAAAGUCAGUAAAGUGCUCAAGGUGGUCAAGUUGAUGCGUAUCUUCCGUAUCCUGAAGCUUGCUCGACACUCCACGGGCAUGAGGGCAUUUGGCUUCACCAUUCGCCAGUGCUCUGAGCAGGUGUGCUGUCUGUUCCUGUUCAUUGCCAUGGGCAUCUUUACCUUCUCUGCUCUCAUGCACUCGGUGGAGGUGGAUCAGCCCGGCACGCCGUUCAACAGCAUACCAGGCACUUGGUGGUGGGCUGCUGUGAGUAUCUCCACUGUGGGCUAUGGAGAUGUUGUCCCUAUCUCCUAUCUGGGUCGCUGUGUGGCAUUCGGCUGCAUCUCCUUCGGCAUCAUCCUCAAUGGCAUGCCCAUCUCCAUUCUGUUCAAUAAGUUUUCUGACUACUAUGCCAAGCUCAAGGAACAGGAAUACACCCAUACAAACAUUGAACGCACCUUCCAGCUCAGGAAACGUCUGCGGCGUAAGUUUGACAGCUGCUUUGAACCUCAGCCAGAGGACUCCGAUGAUGAGAUACACUAUCGGCCCGGUGGAAGGCACAUUUUCCAUGACACUGUGGAAUAAGAGGAGCUGCCUGUCGACAACUCCACUAACCCUAAAUGGCCUUAUCACCCACAGGCUUGAAAGUGUAAGACCCCAUCUGCCUGACUCUGAGCCUACGUGAUAAAGGAAAGUAAACAAUCUAAGGAGGGAAACAGAGGCAAGUGGGGACAGAUGGCGCCUGCACUCGCCAUUGUGCCUAAAGCCUUAGCUUUAGAUGCCGUUUGCACGCUAUGGGCGAUGAUGACUCCUCUGUCAAGCGGACAGAAAUCAGUGACCCGCCUCCUGGACAGCGUGUUGUCUGUUUCCAAGAAUAGCACCUGACUGCAUGAGGAAGGAUCAAGCGGUAACAUUAUUAAAUGAGCAAUUACUUUAACACACUUUAAUGACAGUGUGUUUCAUUGUAAUUGCUACAGUAUUAAUGGAGUAUUUUUGACAUUCAUUUACAUUUACAAUCCAGUUACUCAGCACAAAAGAAAAAUGAACUACUAACCUUUCUUUCAAUUAAUCAGAUAUUUAAUUUUUAGUUAGUGCAAGCAAAUCAGACAAUGUGGAAAACUGAAGACACUGUCUUCACUUUUUUUAGACACAUGUUUGAGCAAUGCAAACCACUGUGAGUCUGCACAUGAUCAGACUUAAACUUCAUGAAUACAAAACAUAUAUGGCAAUAAUAUUGUAAGUGCUAAAUCAUUGAAGCCAGAUUCCUCACCUUUCCAUAUUUGUGAGCGAUGGGGGAUAGUAAGGAAAAGAUUAUUUAUCUGCUGUUAGAAUAAAGCAAAUGGACUUUUAUAUGUGUGACAGAAACGUUGCUUGAGGUGUGUUAAGGAUAUGUCCACUACUGACAGAAACCUCCAGUUUUUGUUUACAUUUUUUUUUUUUUUGUAUUCUUGAUACACCAAAUUUUUUGAUUGGGAAUUCACAUGUGUGCAUCCAUUACCAAGGCACUGGGGCUUCAUUUGUCCCCAACGAAGCUGCUCAAUGACCAGCAGCAUAAGAGAGUGUUUGUAUUGGCACCUCCCAGAUAUGAAUGUGUGUGACAGUAUAAAUGUGAUGACAGACAGGGUUGUAAAAGAGAAGGCAUCCUCAACAAUGUAUUCUCUAUAGAAUAUGCCAUAACAACAGAGGUUAAAGUACAUCCUGUUAUAGUGUACUGGUAUGUAGCAUGGUAUGUUAUGCCAUUACUGUUCUCUCUUACAAAAAUGAAGCUUAGGUUGGAAACGAUUUGGAUUAAUUGUUUUAUAGACUGACCUCCUCAGACCCUUCCAGUUCAAUUUUUUUCUGUAUGAAUAUGUUUGUGUUGUCUCACCUCUCUAUCAUAUUUAAGAAAAAAAACAAGUUGAGAAAAAAAGAUUUUUCUGAAUAAAACUACUUCACUUCA